AUGGUGAUCCAUCCCGGCUGCAGCUCGGACCAGCAGCUGAAGGUGCUGCGCCUGGAACGGGGACGGUGCAAGAGACAAAGCACCGAAGCAAAACACGGUGAUAAUGUGUUCUCGAUGAAGACCUCCGUGUAUAUCCAGCCCGGGCCGCUGAGCAGCAGGGCUAUGUCCAGAGGAGAUCCAUCAGGAGCCGCAGAGGAGCUGAUAAUGUCGCGGUGUCUGCAGCCGCGUCUUAUGGAAGACGCUUUGUUUUCUAUGGCGUCACGGGGGCGCGCACUGCCUGCUGUAGUUUAUGCAGGACGUGCACGCGCAUCUCGGACAGUGAGUGAGGGGGCAGCAGGAGGUCACAGCAGGAGGUCACAGCAGGAGGCCACAGCAGGAGGUCACAGCAGGAGGUCACAGCAGGAGACACACACACACACGCCCUCCUCCCCCAUCGCUGCAGUGUCUCUGCUCGGAGCGAACAGGGCAGACGCUGCUGCGGCCGGAGCAGAUCAGUGGAGCGGCGGAGGACGUGAGGACGAUGGGGAUGAAGCCGCAGGACGACAGCGGGACUCAGAGCUGAGGCUCCGGCUGCGGUCUCUUUGUGGAGGCUGUGAUCACGACCUCCACACGCCUGGGAGACCACCACACGCCUGGGAGACCUCCACACGCCGGGGAGACUGCCACACGCCUGGGAGACUGCCACACGCCUGGGAGACUGCCCCGCGCCCGGGAGAUUGA